UAGGAGGAGUCUAAGGCAAUCACCCUAUCCAUCUUUACCCCGUGAUCCAAUAAACAUUAAUACAAACAAUCCCGAUGCUGAGCAAAAUAAUGGCGUUCACCUACCUCCGGUUGAAACAUCAUCUCUUCAACCACCACCUUACGAGGCCACAGAUGAAUCACAAAAUAAUUCUUCAGAAAUGAAUCAGAGAUAUGUUGUUUCUAAUCGCGAAGCUCGAAGAGCCAUGAGUGUAGACCCUCUGGGUCAUUGCUUCGCAAUAGAGCUUCGCUCAUGA